AUGACGCUCCUGAAUGAACAUAGCCAGCUUCAGUUGGAAGAGCGCACUGCUCAAGACGAGUUGAAUGCUUGCCGCGAUCAUCUCUCCCGCUGGCGUCGAAAGGCCACAGAUUUGGAGAGCAAGGCCUUGGAGGCGGAGCAGCAGCGCAGCGAUGCGGAGAAGAAGGCACGUUGCGCGCAAGAAGAGAUGCGUCAAGCCCUACGGAGCUUAAGCGGGGCCAAGAACCGGCAGAGGGAAGCGGAGAAGUUGGCCAAACAGGAAGGGUCGCAAGCCAGGGAUUUGGAGGAGCGCUUGAAGGCGCCAGGGACAUCAGUUGGGCCCUGCCAUCCCUCCACCACAACGGCCACCAUCCGCGCCAUGUUGCGCCUCGCCACCAGCGCUGCGCUGCUGGGCCUGGGCGUGGCCAUCCCGUGGGCGGAUUCCACGUGUCAAGCCGCGCCGGGCUGCGAGGCCUUGCAGUUGGAAGGUGAGUGCUGUCCGAAUGAAGAAGGUGUCACAUUGGAUUGCUGUCAGUUGGCCAAGUGCAGCUCUCAUCCGCAGUGCGCAGCACUGGGCCUCCUGGGCGAUUGUUGCCCUCCCACUGAUGGCACCUCCCUCGACUGCUGCGACAGCGAUGCCUUCGAUGUUGGCGCCGGCAGCGGCGUCACUGCUGGUAGCACGGCGCCCCGCGAGGUCAGCACCAUGCGGACCACUAGUGUGGCUGCGGCUGUGAUGCCACAAGAACUUCAGGCGUUCCAAGAGAACAGACCUGCUCAACCGAAACCAAAAGGCAAUCGAUUUGGGCCGAUGUCUAUGAUUGGUUUUCUCCUUCUCCUGAUUUGUGUGCCGGGACUUUGCUGCUGGUUUUGCUGGAUCAAGGUCUUGAAGGGUGGAGGAGCUCAUAAAGCAAGAUCUUUACCGGAGAUCGUGGACAUGGAAUCGGUCAGUGGUGUGAGCACCAGGACAGAGCCCACCGUCAGCGCAGUGGAGUCCUCGGCUUGCCAGGUGCAAUCUGAAGACAUCUUCGCCACGCGCGAGCUGAAAGACCACGAUGCGCCGGUGCAGUCGGUGGGAUGCUGUACGGGUAGUAGGAGAGGUGAGUCAUGGUCGGAACCGGCUGCGCGAGAAUCGCGGACGCCAAUUUUGCCACCCCGUUUUGACGAGCGCCAAAGGGCGACCCAGCGCGAGCGCAGCGCACAAGACUUGACAGGAGAUGACAGGAGUGCCUUGCGCUUCGACAGCCGCCAAAAUGCCCGUCGUGCCAAUGGAGCGGCGGGCCGCUUGGCACAUGCCGAGGCCAUGGAGCAACGUGCCGGUGAGUUGGAGACCGAAGUGAUGCAGCUGCAGCGGUGCCUUCAGAUGGCGCAGAGCCAGGGAGAAGAAGCCCGAAGCGGCAACCAGCGCCUGGAGGAGGCGGAAGAGAGGGCAGCGUUGCAUGCUGGAGAGGUGAAGGGCGAGCUACGGGCCGCCGAAGCCAUGACUCAGAGCCACUCGGCUCGAGUCAAAGAGUUGGAAGUGCAACUGCUCUCCGCGCGGGAGGCCCUGGCUGAGGCUGAGAAUCAGCGCCUCAGUCAGACCACCUGGACGCAACGUUUGGGUCAUGAGCUGGCAGAUGCUCGUGCCGGUGAGCAAGAGGCGCGUCAACGCGAGGCCCAGCAAAGCCAUGAGCUACAUGAGGCCCGACGGCGCCUGGAGCAGCUCGUGGGCUCAGGAGGCACCUCGGGUGGCCAACUCGCCCAGUGCAAACGCCGAGUGGCAGAGUUGGAACAGGUUUGCGACCAACAGGAAGCCGAGUUGGCCGAGGAGCGUCGCGCCAGAGAGCGGUGUCACAUGGAGGCCGUGAAGGCCACAGAGAAGCUUCGCCUUGCGAGGGCUCAAGGAGCACAGAUGAAGGAAAAAGUGAAGUCGCUGGAAGAAGCGGAGUUACGCUAUCCCUCCCGCUUCCCACCGCGUCUCCACCCAUCGCUCAACCGUAGCUCCAGCGUCCCCACGGCCCGGGCGCGUGGCACGCCGUCCCUGGCGGGCCCUUUGGCGGAUGCGCCGACGGAGCCGGUGACGCAGGCGGUGAAGGGACGCUGGUCCUGGGAGGAGCAGCCGCGAGCUGCUGCUCCCCCUAAGGCUGAAUUGGCCGAAGAGGAGGAGGUGAGCCUGGCCACUUUGCUGUCUUUGCCGCAAGCUUAG